UUCACGAAGUAAUUUUUAUUUUAUUUUUUUAUUUUUUAUUUUUCUUUUGUUCUUUCUCAUCCCUCAACUGUAGACGGCUGUCGGAAAAUUUUCUCCGGUUCUCAUCGUUUUCGUCUAAUAUUCGAAGCUUUUUGGCGUUACAGAUUGUUCGAUUUCUCGAUCUUUCUCAGUUGACCAUGGGUGCAGUUCGAAACCCUAAAUCAUCUCUGGGGACCUAAAAUGGAGAGGAGAUUAUUAGAAUCUUUAUUUUCAAUUAUCUGUAAGGAGUUUGGUUUAGAGGAAUUUUAACGCAAUUUGAUUAAUGAGUUGUUUCAUGAAAGGUUUAGUUGGUUUCUGAUGCUUAGGAGCAUCAUUCGGAAGUCGAUGAAGGACAAGAGUAAAUAAGUUCAUUAAAAAAUAUAAAAUGCAGACAGAUUCAAUUGUCUCCUCCAACUCUGAGACACAUCAUCAUUCAGAGACUUUCGUUGCUCAUGUUGGAGAUCAAGGCAUUGCAGCAUCAACUCCUGAUCAUGUUAUAGAACCACCACCUGCCAAAAGGCCUACUCGACAAUGGGCUGCUUGGACACGUGAAGAGGAGGAAAGUUUCUUCACUGCAUUACGGCAAGUUGGCAAGAAUUUUGAAAAGAUCACUUGUCAUGUCCAAAGCAAAAACAAGGACCAGGUCAGACAUUAUUAUUACCGUCUAGUAAGGCGUAUGAAUAAGCUGUUGGCUCCUGGGUUAUGUCUGGAUGCAAAAAACUCUAAGGAUACUAAUGCUGCAAUGCUUCGAUGGUGGUCGUUACUGGAAAAAUAUAGUUGCAAAGCUUCAAAACUUCACCUGAAACCACGGCGUUUCAAGAUUUUUGUUGAAGCCUUGGAGCAUCGACUUUUGAAAGAUCGGAAGAAGAACGUAAGAAAACGUCCAUUGCAGGGAGAAAACUGCCUUCCACCAAUAGCCAAUGGUGUCUCAAAUCAGAGUAGAGCUUUAGGGCAUGAUGGGCUUGCAGUUAAGUUAGUUUUAGUUGACACUCAAAACAUUCCAAAAUUGGGCCCUAGAAAAACUGUGUCAAAACGCAAUUUGAAUGUUGGUAUUAACCGUGGAAACAAUGGUGGAUAUCCCACAGUCCUCAAACCAUCGAGGCAGAGAAGAAAAUCAGAAGGAGGUGUGUCAUCAGCUGCAUAUAAAAAAUGGGAAAAAGCUGCAAUAGCAGGUGUUUCUUUGGUUGCUGAUGCUGCUGAGCAUUUAGAGCGCACUGUCACUGAUAAGAAUGUUUUACGUGACCAAAAUACUCUAGGGAAAAAGAAUACUGAUCCUGCUGGGAGCCCCUUGCUUCUAUUGCCUUCUCUUCAGCCAAAUUCCUUGAUUGAUGUUGCUUCUACAAAGCUGAAGCUUCAGCUAUUCCCAGUUGAUGAUGGUACUCGAAGAGCCUUGGAAUUGGAUAAACAUAAUCCACAUUUGGAGCUUACUCUCAGUACUCGCAAGAAAAUUUCAUCAGUUUUAGAGCAUCUAAGUCGUAAAUGGGGUAACUCAAGUGCUGCUCAUGGAGAGCUUAUGCUUUUUCCAUACAGUAUCCAGAGGAAAAGCCUGGCAGAUUGUCAGAGAUGGUCACAAGACUCUUUUGAGAGUGCCGGUGAUGUCUAUGCAACAAUUGGAAGGCCCCAAGUUUUUCGUUUAAGGUAUGGUUGGUGUUCCAACGCAGAACAUGGGUCUAUUGAAUUACAGACUUCCGUACCAGCAUACUGCAUUCAAGAUGAUCAUGUCAUGGAUUCCAGGGAUAUUGAGGGAAGAAUUGUGGAUGUAGCAUCAAUUGAUGCUCAACCUGUGAACUUUAAUAAGAAUGAAGUAGGUACAUUGAGUAAAAAUAUGUCAACUCCUACUGCGCCCAGUGAGACAGAGAGGUCCAUAUCCGCACGUCCAAAUGAUGAUCUUCCAAGGUCCUCUAAUCCUGCCCUAAAUAUGUCGUGGGAUAAAAAGAAUGUUACUGAUACAACUAUCAUCCACCGAUCUGAGGAUGUGGAUGACCUGAAGUCAAGCAAUGGGACUUCCUUAUCAGCUGGGGAAUGGGCUGACAGCCUUACAAACAUAAGCAUUGGAGACCUACUUUCAGGAGUUUCUCAGGAUGUGGAUGCCAACUGCGAUGUCGCUCCUCUUGCCGAAGGCACCCAAUGUCUUCAGCAGAUCCCAUUCAGCUGUGACUCAUUUGAUGCUGCAAUUGCUGCUCAUGUAUCCAGACAGCAAAAUAAGGCAGUUUCUCAUCCAACUUUGCUGUCUCAUGCAUCCUCCAUAUUUGAUGCCGAAGAGACAUGCGAUGCCUUCUCAUUUCAAAAGAAUCCAGUCAUCCUUCACGAUGUUUCUAGUUCGUUCACAUUCUCAUCUGUCCGAGCUUGCGAACAUAUUGCUAGAACCAACUCCAUGGGAUCCAGCCACAUGACUGAAGAUUUACCUAGAUCAGAGAGCCCAAGUGAGGAUCACAUUCAAGGAGAUCCGAAGGACGAGUGUCAGGCUAAUCCACAGAUCUCGGAGACAAACAAUAUCGACGAACUAGCAGACAUUUAUUGGGUAUGUUCGUUUAUGUUCGAGAAAUCUAAAGAUAACUUAUGUUUUGUUUUCUAUUCUCAGCCCGAUUCUCUAGGCCCGUUGGAUUUGGAUUUUCCACAGACUAACAAGUACCAUAACGAGGAACUAAUUUUAGGGGACAGCCUUAGCAGCUUAAACCGUUUGAUAGCAAGCAGCUUGGAUGCAUUUCAAAGUUGCUCCUUUUUCGGGUUCGACAAGAAAGAACCAUCAGCAUUCAACAGUUGAUCUCCAGAAAGCCUCCUCAUAAGAUUUUUUUAAAGAUGGAAGCGAAGGUGUUCGUCUUCGAAUCCAGAAAUUAGUAAAGAAAAGAAGCAAUUCUGUAAUCUUGGAUCCAGAAUUCAGCCAUGGCCAAAGCUCAGUGCUGCCCACGUAAGUAGUUCACAAUCUUGGAUUUGUAUCUAAAAAUUUCUUUGCUUCUGUACAAAAUAGACAUGGAAAAGGAAAAUCUACAUAAUUUCUAACGUUUUUUCUUGUGUUCUUAAUGAGGGCUGUGUGUUCGGUUCCUGUAAAUUGUACACAGUUAAAGCUGAUGAGAAAGAACAUCUUCAACCCAACUCACAAAAUUUCAAAUUGUUCUUCUUUUAAGAUC